CGGGCCGGGCGGGUCGAUGGAACGCGAGGCGAUCCAGCGUCUGGCGGCCAAGCUGGGCGUCACCGCGCCCGGAGCGAUCAGAAAAGCCGAGGAAUUCCUGCGUCUGGCUCAAGUGAAAUGCGCUCCUUUGCUGCCUCAGAUGACCGCUACGAGUAAUGCUGUGAUCUGCCUUGACUUGGCCGCUGCCUUUACCAAGAACCCGGUGGACAAACCUUACUUGGUGAGGCUCUCCGGUUUAAACAAGACCACGUACCAGAGCUGCUUGAAGACUUUCGAGAGCCUGCUGGACUUGGGUUCGAAUGUUGGCAUCCGAGAAUUGGCCGUCCAGUUCUGCUGCCUGGAGGCCGUGAACAUGGCGCUGAAAAUCCUGAAGAGGUAUAAAGCCAGCUUGCCAGAAUCUCAGCAGAUGGAUCUAGACUUAUCCAAACCGUUAUUCGCUACUGCAGCACUGUUUACGGCUUGUAGGUGUUUGAAACUUAAAGUGGAUAAAAACAAGAUGGCGGCUGCCUCUGGGGUGAAGAAAACCAUCUUUUACCGUCUUCACAGCCAGCUAGAGAAGAUCAGCCAGCAAAUCAGUCGAGACGGCAGUCAUUCGGGAGAGGAGACCCCUAAAACCCAGAAGACUUUGACUGGAUGUCUCGAAAAGGAAGAGGGUCCUGAGGCAGAGGCGGUUGUUCCUCGCAAGCGGCCGAGAAGCGAAACCGAAGCGAAAGAAGAGUACGAAGAAUGGAAAAGGAGGAUAUUGGAAAACGCUGCAAAGUCGCAACGGGAGAGUGCUUGAUCUGAGCACCCCCAAACGAGGAACGAAUCUCUCCAGGCUUUUUAACUUGAAGGAUAAUUUUUAGCUCAUGAUUGUUUUUUAAACUUCAUUCAGACACUAGGCUGUGUUUUUAUUCGCCAGGAUGAUUCUGCGAUGGAGCCUAUGAGAUGGCUUUGCAGAGUGCUGGGUCUCAGUCAUGAGGACUAGCCACUCAAAUAUGAAUUCCCUAGAGUCGCUGCCUUGACACAGAUGCCCUCUGAAGCAGUUUUAAACAACAGAAUUUCGACUGUAUCCAUCUGGCCUUUUUAUAAAUUUGGGCCAUAUUUUAAGCCUCAAGUGUUUUUAAGGUUAGCUUCUGGCAUAGGAUGCUUUUUAAAAAUUCCACUUCAUGCAAGACGUUGGUGCUGAAACAUAAAUAAAUAUUUUUAUUUCUCCAUU